GGACCCAACAAAUAAAUGCUAAAUUAAAAUGAAUUAUUGUUGGCUUAAUAAAAGAAUAUUGUUAUUUUAACAAUAGUUGCAGUUGAAGAGUGGCUUAUUAAAAUAAAAAGAAUCUUAUUUUGAAUAAGUAUUAUCGAAACAAUAAAACGCAAUACAAUUUCAACCGGAAUUGUUUGUUUAAAUACAAAUAAAGUUUUUUUUGGUUCAAUGCAAACAAUUUUCUGUCCGUGUAGGGAACAACGAAUAGAAUAUUAGGAAUUACAUAGAUGAAGUCUAACUCAUUUUUCCUUGUUUCAAGAUCAUCCUCGGCGGACAAAGCCGAGUCUUGUCACUAUAAACAAGGCAUAAAAAGUAACAAGGACUAAGAUGUGUUCCUUUUAUUACUGAAAAAUCGUGUUCCCCUAGUUUGAAGUAGUCAGGACCAGAAAUCGGUGUAAUGUACCACGAAAAGGUGAUCUACCCACGUUACGUGGUACUUGCUGCACUUAAGUUGAAAGUUAAUGCUUUUCCGUUGAUACUGACUCCACACCCGUUCGAACCACACCCAAAUUCAAAAUGCACCAAUACUAGCAAGCAUUGCAAAUUAGCAAAAUGGGAAGUAUUUAAAUUUUGCCAUUAGUCGUAAAUACAAUAUUAUUGUAUAAUUAACUUAAUUCUACUACUGAAAUUUAAAUUUAAUUUCCACACACUCAGAUUUUUUGCCGAGAUGGGCACCACCCAGCAGCUCGGCAAUCUUAAGGUAGUGGAAUUAAAUGGAAAUUACUAAUCCUUCUCUCUCUCUCUUUAACUUUAUAGAAAUUAUGUCUUUCAAUCCAGGAAAUGGUCGACUGAUGUCAUCUCUAAGAUACGCAUAUACUAUCUUACCAUGCACAUUUGCACUAUAUGAAGAUCGUCCUGCUUUUGAAAACCGCUGCAGUCCAUCAUGUGACGAAUGGCUUCUUCAAAAUGUUAUUUAUGUUGAUAAAUGAAUUUUAGGCAACAACUUGAGGAUUUAAUUUUUUUUGUACUUUAUCCGCUUUGAAAAGCAGAUUUUAAUUCAACAAAGCAGAUUCGAAAUCUUCGUACGCAUCAGUAACCUUAUCGGGAAACUAGUUCCUUAUUAUGCCCACAAUUUUGAAUACAUUUCGCCAACUGUGGAACCACGAAUUACUGCUAGAAGGAUGCAGUCGUGAUGUUUUUGUAUCCAUAGAUAUUCCCAAAAAUACGGCCAGUGCUCCUAUUCUUUCCAAGUUUAACGUGUUGGCCGGAUCAUUCAAAGACUGAACAGAUUCCAUAGAAGACGCAGUUUCUGUUCUGAGUAACACCGCAAAGAUUUCUUUACUCCUUUGUGGCCAUCUAUUUCGAAGGGAUUACAACAAUAUGCUUGCACGUUGUAGUACGCUACCUUAUCGGUGAGUAGUCUUGUGGCAGUGUAAAAUUUGUUUUAGUGUUAAAGGUCUUGGAAGUGAUUAAUUGAAAUGUUUGAGUAAUUAAGAACUUCCGUAAAUUUGGCUUUCUGCAGAAUAAACAUGGUGAAUUGAAUAGUCUUGCGUCCGAUUUUUAACAUACUAUUUGAUGAGUUCCUAUAACCAACUGAUUACUGACUGAUACUUCAACAAGCUUAACAGCUCUCUUUAUUCAAAUCAGGUAUAAUAUCUUCAACACAUAUCUAUCUAUACCUAAAAACGGUUUUUAACGGCGUUAUUAGGUAUAGAUAGUGACGAUGAUCACCCGAACGAUCUGUUUCAUAAUGUCGACCAGAUCGUUUUUAGACGUUUCAACUUGGGCGACUCCUUGAUUUUCUUAUAAUAUAGAUGGGUACGUAGAUAUUUAAGCUACUACGCGUACGGACGCACAGUGGUUCCUGGCUGGCCAAAACCUCAAAAAUUAAUGUUGAUAUUUUUUUAUUUCAAUAUUUUUUAUCAGUUGUCCCACAGCUGUCUACAGCAGCAGUCGAUUUUUUAUUUCGUUGUGAACCACAUGAUAGCCUGUUUUCGAGAAUCGCUAUUAUAUAGUUGCUCUUUGUUCGUUGCUAGCAGUUCGGUGCCUUUUGUUGCUACGGUGCAAGAUGUGUGAAGUAAAAAACACCAUCAAGUUUAGCUUCAGCCAUUGUGAUGCCAAACCAAACAUCGGAGAGAUAGUAAAUUUCGCCAAAGCACUCGACGCGAAUCCGGCUGAAAUGGAAGCUGUUUAUCGCAUUGGUGAGGAAAGGGGAGUCUUCAUGAAGUUCAAAUCAGAGGAAGCGAUGCUCCAUUCUCUGACAUUCAAUUCGGAGGAUUUAAUCUUCCAUUAUGCGAAUGGAACGACGGCAAAGGUACGCAUGUCGCAUGCUGGUGAAUUCAUUCAAUAUGUGCGUGUGUAUGACUUGCCACCAGAGGUACCCGACAACGAGCUGGAUAAAGUGCUGGGGAAAUAUGGGAAAAUUAAACGCAUCAUCCGGGAGAAAUUUCCAACUGAUCUGUGUUUUGAGGUAUAUACAGGGAUACGCGGUGUAUAUAUGGAUGUGAAGAAGGAAAUCCCCACGUCAUUACAUUUCUUCAAUGGCAAAGGAAAUAUUUUUUAUGAUGGCAACAAAGAUAAAUGUUUUCUGUGCAAGGCGGACGGACACCGGAAGCUUUCCUGUCCCAAGCGGAAGGCUCGGAAGGAACCGGAGAAGCAACUGAAGGAAAAAGGAAAGCAAAGUGAAAGAAAACAAAACAGCAGCAGCACGUAUGCUGGUGUAGUGGUGGAAGGUGCGUCGUUGGUCAUUAGCGAUCAGGAAACGGACAUGGGGUUGGAGAUGUUGAAUGAAGAUAACGAAAUGGACGUGACUACCCCGACGACCGACGAGAGUAGCGGAGAGCAUGCAAUGGGAAACGAUGUUCAGAAACAGCAGCAGCGAUCACGAUUCGGGUUCAAUGAAAAUGAGGAACAAAUUCGGGAAAGAAAGAAGUUGCGUGCACGGGAGAAGAUCGCUUUGUCGUCGCUUCGAUCGCCACCCAGAAAAAUCAUAUGAUAAAAUAUAUUUGUACAUAUUUUUUUUUUGUAUUUUGAGUACCAUAAUUGGUAUUCUAUGUUACUCGGCUCCGCUAAGUUAUUUUUAUAACAUUUGAGCCUGCCAAAUAAACGAAGUGAAAAAAAAAAUAUAUUUUUUAUCAUUUUUACAUGGUAAGAGUAUCUUAAAUUGAAUGAUUUGUGCAAUUCUGUUGAUUCAAUAUUUCUUUUAUGGCUGUUAUAGUGUAACGAUAUCAAAUUUUUUUGAAAAAAUCGUAAUGUUUCUUGUUACUGUUUUGCUCAAAUAUAGCAAAAAAUAUUGUGUUUAUAAACUUGGUUGCUUCAGAAGAAAUGUUUUUCGGCUUAUUUCACGUCAAAUGGAUGGUAAAAAAGAGUGUCUUACAAAAAUAUACUUUUUUCGCAUUUAGACUAAGCAAAACAUAUGACGGACACAUCCGCCCACUAUCAUUUAGAAACCAAAAGAUAGCUAGAAAAGUUAGCUUUCAGAUAGGUUUUAAUGUGUUUUGCGAUUUUUUGCGAAAUAUGUUGAAAUUAGGAAUAACAUGUGUUCUUUGAAAAUAUCUGUUUCUAAGUUAUAUAAUCUGCGGUGUAUACCGUAGCAAGCUUCACAAUGCCUUUUUCAAAGCACAGCAAUACGCACACACAUACACACACGCACCAUAAAUCUAUCUCUUAUGGUUCAUGAGUUAUGAUUUUUUUAAACAAGCAGGUUAGGGUGGCCCCUAGACAAUCGGCAUUCUUUA